UUGAAGUGAAAGGUUGUGUACCGUUGCCGAUAAUAUAUUUUAAUAUCUACCCUCAAUAUGGUGUUGAAGAAAUGUGAUGUGUGCAAGAAGAAUAUUACUAAAAAAAUGCCUGGAUUGGAGUGUAGCAGGUGUGAUAAAGUAGUACAUGCUGAUCCAGCGUGUGCUAAAUUAUCUAAUAAACAAUUGAAUACGCUACGAAAUACUACUGGCAUCGAAUGGAGCUGUGAGGAUUGUUUAAAAAACGCAUCUCGAAGGUCAUCAUAUUUGAUACCCGAUGAUGAUGGGGACGAUGAUGAGUCUAUGCUUGGUUUCCCGACUGCAUCCCACACCAUCGAUACACGAAAACUCGUACAGGACAUCAGUAAAGAGCUAAAAAAAAGCCUUCGAGAAGAGGUAAGUAACCUCCAAUCGUCCCUCGAGUUUUUGAGUGACCAAAUGAGGUCUAUGGAGCAGUCAAUAAAAAAGCAGGAUAAUAUCAUAAGAAAUCUUGAACACAAAAAUGAGGAUUUAUUAAACAAAAACAAAAACUUGGAGCUGAGAGUGGCAGUUCUUGAACAAGGAAUCAAUACAUUUGAACAAAAAUCCUUGUCAACAACUUUGGAAAUAGCAGGAAUACCAGAUAUUCCCCAAGGGGACUUGAAGGACGUAUUGAGCAGGGUAGUUGUAAAAUUGGAAUUGGAUGAGAAUGACAUUCAAUCAACGCAAUGUUUACCUAGUUCUAAGGACAAACCUUGUGUAAUUCGUAUGGAAAUGAAGACAAAAUCUGUAUGUAAACAUUGGAUAGAAGCUAGCAAGAAGAAGAGACUUACUGUUGGACAGGUCAUACCAGAUGUGGUCAAGGAUAAAGCAGAAAACCGUAUUUAUAUCAGAGAAGCUUUAACAAAACAUGUCAAGAGUAUUCUAUACAACUCUAAAAUACAACUUAGCAAGUCAUUUCAAUUCAUAUGGUGUAAGGAUGAUAAUGUGUGCGCAAGAAAAAACAGCAACAGUAAAAUAUAUUCGCUCAUCACAGGACAUCAAUCAACUAUCUCAGGUUUAAUAAAACUAUAUAUUUACCUGCCUACCCACUCGUUCUAAAAGUUUCCAUUGUUUCUUCUUAUUGUUAUUAUUAUUAUUUAAAUCCACAUACGUAUUUUACAUACAAAAAUAAUAUAAAUACAUAUUUAUUGUGAAUAGUACUAAAGAAAAAAGAUGGAUACACAAAUUAAUGAAAUAUAUAAUUGUAACUCCAUUAAUGAUUUCUUCCUACAAAUACCUUGUCAAAAUUCAUUAAAAAUAUCUAGUAUACACAUAAAUAUACGAAGUAUGACUAGAAAUUUUUCUAAAUUGCUACAAGUAAUUCACAAUAGUCGAUUUCCCCUGGAUAUUAUUGCCAUUACCGAGGCUGGUAUCUCAGAAAAUAUUUGUCAUUUAUAUAAUAUACCUGGCUAUAAUAUGUAUUCAAAUUUACGCAUAAAUAAACGAGGAGGAGGUAUUAUAUUGUAUGUCAAAAAUUAUAUUAAGUUUACAGCAUUACAACACAAAACAAAAACAUUUGAAUGCUUGUCAGGUAUUAUAAAAAUAGAUUGUAUACGUGACGUAGUUGUGUGUGCUGUCUAUAGGCCACCAUCUACAAAUAAAAACAUUUUUGUGAAGGAACUAGAUAGUCACUUAACGUCGUUUGAUUCGAAACAAAAUCUUUAUUUACCAUUUAGAGAUAUAUAUUUAGACUCACUUAGUAAACAUGGUUUAAUGUGUGGAAUAACUGAUUAUAGUAGAAUCGAAACAAGAAUGAAUGUUAUGAUCAAAUUAUGUAUUGAUCAUAUUUUUGCGCGGUUUCCAACCAUGCACCCGUAUUCUGCGGUGCUAGAUGUCGUACUAGCCGAUCACCGCGCUAUUGUAUUCGCGUGCAUCGACUAUAACCAACCUAAGUAUAUACAGCGUGUAAUUAAACCAAUUAUAAAUUAUGAUAUUCUUUGCGAGGAACUAAAAAAAGUUAACUGGUUCCUAACUUCAAAUAUGUACUGCCCUAACAAAAUCUUUAAAUUCAUUAAUAGCUCUUUUAAUAAUGCUAAUAAAGUAGCAACUUCUAUGAAAGCUGCUCGGCAAGAAAAUAAUAAACGAUUAAAACUACCUUGGAUAGACAAAAAUGUAACAAAAUUGUGCCAAAAGCGUGAUAAAUUGUUUAGAUCUUGGAAAAAUAGCUUAAAUGAUCCUAAGAUAAGAUUAGAAUAUAAUAAAACUCGUAAUAAAUCACAUAAAAUAAUUGAAAUAAAAAGAAAUUCCUUUUAUAUUCAACAAAUACAGAAUAACUUUAAAAACACAAAAAAAGUUUACGAAAUUAGUAUAAUUAAAAUACUUAGAGCAUUCGAUGCACAAGGAUUAAGUAAUAAAGAUAUCGCCAUCAAUUUUGCCACUAACUUUGAUAAUGCAGUGAAGAAUAUUACUCCGAAAUGUACUGUCAGACUUUUAGAUCCAGGAAGCUAUAGUAAACAAACUAACUGCAGCAUUUAUUAUCAAAAAGCUUCAAGUGAAAAAAUAAAUAAAAUUAUCGAUAAAUUAGACUAUAGAAAAGCUCCAGGUCUCAGGCGGUCAGGUAGUAAGGCGGUAUUGGUAGCUAUUGCUAACCUCAUAAAUUCUAGUGUUAAAACUGGCGUAUAUCCCGAUGAACUAAAGAUUGGUUGUGUUAGACCGGUAUUUAAGAAAGGGUUACGAAAUAAUUAUUUAGACUAUCGUCCCAUUACCUUACUUUCUACAAUAGACAAAAUAGUUGAAAAAUAUGUUUGCGAACAAAUUCAUAAAUUUUAUCGUAAGCAAGAUGUAAUUUACCAAAAUCAAUUUGGUUUUCAAUCGGAUAAAAGUAAUAGUCAGCUCUUAUCUAAAUUUACAGAUGAGAUUAAUGAACAUCUCAAUAAAAAACAAUAUGUGUUGGCUUUAUUCAUAGACUUUUCCCGUGCUUUUGAUACCCUAAAACAUGCACAAAUAAUUACUAAACUUGAUGAGUCUGGUGUACGUGGGCCUUUACUCAAUUGGUGCAAGAACUAUUUACAAAAUCGUAAAUUCACCGUUAAAAUAGAUGAUGUAUACAGUGAUCAUGUACCAGUAACUGAAGGCACGGCACAAGGAUCUGUAUUAGGUCCGCUACAUUUUUUGUCUUAUGUUAAUAAUAUGCAUAAUAUCUUGAAACACAGUUCAUGUUACCAAUUCGCAGAUGAUACGUGUCUAGUGUUGUCUGACAAAAAUAUUCAAAAAGCACGAGACCUUCUACAAUCUGACGUCAAUGUCCUUCUUGAAUGGUGUCAUGAUGCCGGAUUGGUAUUAAAUCCAAUUAAAACACAACUUUUGAUCAUAAAAUCACCCUAUUUAAAAUUUCGUCCUCUAUAUAAACCUAUCAUUGCUCACAACCACAAGUGUCUACAUAUAACUAAUGAAAGGAACUUUUGCAGCUGCCCCGCUAUAACGGUCAAGGACAGCCAAACAUAUCUUGGCUUAACUAUAGAUAGUAAGUUUAAUUGGAGUAAACACAUCGAAAAAAUUUGUAACAAAUUAAGACAAUUUUUAGCUAAUAUAGUCAUCCUUAGACACCGAAUUCCCUUUAAGGUAAAAUUGAUACUGUAUAAUUCAUUGGUCGAAUCUUAUGUUCAAUAUGGGUUGUCAAGUUAUGGCCGCACUUAUAAAACAUAUUUAAAUGAUAUUUUUAAACUUCAACGUAGAAUUUUAAGAUCUAUUGUAUCUCCCAAAAUUAAGAUGCAGUAUUAUGACGAUGAUACUGGUCUUUUUCGACAUUGCAAUAUUUUACCAGUACAUCUACAAUUUAAAUACACAUUUCUUAAGGAAAACUUUUUUAACAAAAAAUAUUGGAACGAAAUUAAUCAUGCUGUAUAUACGAGGGCGGUCGCACGGAAGCAACUUUGUACCAAUAGCGCUCGCGUAAAUAACUGUUAUGGCGAGCGUACGGCUGACUACCUGGUUCCUCGAUUUAUUAAUGAACUACCCACCGAUGUACGAGAUAACAUUACUAUUAGCAACAUCAAGUAUAAAUUAAAACGAUACUUCUUGCAUGAUAUUAACACAAAUUAAAAUAAUUUUAAUGUAUUUAGUAUUAAUAUAAACCUACGUGGUUUCUGAAUGCUAAUGUAACAUAAAUUCUGUAACUUGUAUUUUUAUUGAUAAUAAAUUAA